GCAAUCGGAGGCGCGCGUGUGCUGGGAGUGUGUUGGAGGGUGUUUUUUUCCCCUUUCCCUCUCUCUCUCUCUCCCUUCUCCCCCCCCCCCCCGCUUCUUCUUCGUCUUCUUCUUGUUCUCUUGCCGGGUACAAUGUUAAAAAGCCACCGCUAGUCGCCCCCAGUGAUCCUACUCUCUAGGUCUUUUUUGUCUCUAGUGCAGAUUAAACGUCACGUCCGCACUUGAACUUGAAUUUUAUCCCAUUGUACGGAGGCAGCCCCAGCCAUAGAGAGACAGAGCGCUCCCAGGGAACCAGGGCUCCGCCAUCUUCACACUGCAAUAUAUCUCCUAGUAAUAGCCAGCACUCACCCAGAAGCACUGGGGGGCUUCUUUCCUAGCAAGACCCUGUGCCAAGCGAGAGGGGGGGAGGGAAAGCCUGUGGCAAAGUGGGGGGCCAGCAAAGCCAAGCAAAAAAAAUAAUUAUAGCAAAAAGCAAAAACAGCAGCAACAACAAAAAAAAGCAAGCAAUCCAGUGGCACUUGAACUGGCGAUGAGGAGUCACAGUUUGGGCUACCCCUAAACAAAUCAAUUAACCCAGCAAGGGUGAUUUUUUUCCUGCGUUUUUCCUUUUUUUUGUUCUGCGUGUGGCAGAUCCCAUUUUUUUCCUACUUUUGGGCAAGCGCGCGUGUGUAUAAUCCAGUUUUUUUUUCAAAGAACUCUCCGGGUGGAAGAAGUGCACUUUGCUUUUUACUCUUCUCUUUUUUUGCUAAGCACUUUGGAAAAAUUAAAGUGUCAGUGCUUAGUGGGGUGGCGGGGGGAGACAGAAACGGUCCUCCUCUCCCGAAGUUGAAGAAAAAGACUUGGAAGCGGUGGAAAGAGGGGGGAAAAACAGACUGUUUGGCGAAAAUAAAACCAGCCUCCCCCCCUCCUCCGGCGAUGAUUUUUUUUACACUGAAGACAGAAUCUCAUCUCGAGUAGCAAAGGAGAAAAAAAGCAAAACAAAGCAGCAAACAGUUUCUUUUUUCCCCCCAAGUUUUUUUUUUAAAGAAGACCUCCGCUAAGAAGAAAAAGAAGAGGAGGAGGAAGAAGAGGAAGGUGAUCGCUCCCCCCCUCCUUCGACCCAACUCCCCUACCCCAGUCCAACUCUCCGGGCGAUGACCAAGUAAAUGCUGGGGCAAUGUCCCGUCGCAAGCAGGGGAAUCCGCAGCACUUGUCACAAAGGGAAAUUAUCACGCCAGAGGCUGACCAUGUGGAAACAGCCAUCGCCCACGAGGAAGAGAGCCUAGUGCUAGGGGAGCCGGUCGGCCUCGGCAUUGCAGCGGGUGGAGCAGACCCCGACUUGUUAACCUGUGGACAGUGUCAGAUGAACUUCCCCCUGGGAGACAUCUUGGUUUUUAUAGAGCACAAGAAGAAACAGUGCAAUGGCACGAGUGGCCUCUGCUACGAAAAGAACCUGGAUAAGAGCAGUCCUCCCCCUUCGUCGCGCGCCGAGCUCAGGAAAGUGUCAGAGCCAGUGGAAAUCGGGAUCCAAGUCACACCCGAUGAAGAAGACCGUCUUCUCACGCCUACAAAAGGAAUUUGCCCCAAGCAGGAGAACCUUGCAGGGCCGUCCAGGCCUACAAAGCUGCCGGCGGCCUCCAUAACUGCCUCCUCCCACCCUCACACAUCAGUGAUCGCACCGCCACCUCUCCGUGCUCUGACCUCAAUCCCGCCUUGCCUUAGCCUGCCCUGCUGUGGUGCACGCGCAGUCUCAGUUGGCGGGUCUCAGACUGAGACGUCAGGCACAUAUGGAUGUCAUUGUCAGUUGUCAGGUAAAGAUGAGCCUUCAAGCUAUAUUUGCACAACAUGCAAGCAGCCUUUUAAUAGUGCUUGGUUUUUGCUUCAGCAUGCCCAGAACACACAUGGAUUUCGCAUCUACUUGGAAACAAGCCCUUCGAAUAGCUCCCUCACUCCACGCAUCACCAUCCCUCCUCCUCUGGGACCUGAGACUGUUGCACAGUCCCCGUUGAUGAAUUUCCUUGGCGACAACAACCCUUUUAGUCUCUUGCGAAUGACGGGUCCCAUCCUGCGUGAUCACCCUGGCUUCGGCGAAGGUCGGCUCCCCAAUACGCCUCCCCUCUUCAGCCCUCCGCCUCGUCAUCACUUGGACCCACAUCGCCUUAGUGCCGAAGAAAUGGGGUUAGUUGCCCAGCAUCCCAGUGCCUUUGACAGAGUCAUGCGUUUAAACCCCAUGGCCAUUGAAUCGCCAGCGAUGGAUUUCUCGAGAAGGCUUCGAGAACUGGCAGGGAACAACUCCACCCCUCCGCCAGUCUCGCCCAAUCGCAACAACCCUAUGCAUCGCUUGUUGAAUCCUUUCCAGCCAAGCCCCAAAUCACCUUUCUUGAGCACUCCACCGUUGCCGCCGAUGCCCCCAAGCAGCACUACACCUCCCCAGCCUCAGGCUAAAAGCAAGUCCUGUGAAUUUUGUGGGAAAACGUUCAAGUUCCAGAGCAAUCUCAUCGUUCACCGACGCAGUCACACAGGAGAGAAGCCCUAUAAAUGCCAGCUCUGUGACCAUGCUUGUUCUCAAGCCAGCAAAUUAAAACGCCAUAUGAAAACACAUAUGCACAAAGCUGGGUCCAUGACAGGGAGGUCAGAUGACGGACUGUCUGCUACAAGCUCCCCUGAGCCUGGCACAAGUGACCUCACUGGAGAAGGACUGAAGUCUAGAGAGGCAGAUUUCAGGAAUGAGAGCGAUCCUUCCUUAGGGCACGACAAUGAAGAAGAGGAGGAGGAGGAGGAGGAGGAAGAGGAGUUAGAAAACGAAAGUAGGCCCGAGUCGAGCUUCAGCAUGGACUCAGAGCUAAGUCGUAACCGAGAAAAUGGCUCCAAGUCGCUGCCAGAUGAAAAAUCACUCGUCCUAGGAAAAGUGAUAGAGAAUGUAAGCCUUGGCACCAUCCAGCAAUACAGUGACAUGCUGGCCGAAAAGCAGAAAAGAAGCAGCUUCAUGAAAAGGUCUUCUGAUCAACGAGACCUCUGUCCCCGAGACCUCUGUCAGAGAGACACUGGCGACGAAGACUCUGUAGUGGGAGAACUUGACCGCACUGAGGAAGGGACAGUGAAUGGGAGAAACUUUGGUCCAGGUGAACCCUUUCCAGGCCUGUUCCCCCGUAAGCCAACCCCUAUUACAAGCCCCAGUUUAAACAACUCCUCGAAAAGAAUAAAGAUAGAAAAAGAUUUGGACUUACCACCAGCAACAAUAAUACCUUCUGAAAAUGUUUACUCGCAGUGGCUGGUAGGAUAUGCAGCAUCAAGGCACUUCAUGAAGGAUCCAUUUCUAGGAUUCACAGACUCCCGACAAUCCCCCUUUGCUACUUCUUCUGAGCACUCCUCAGAAAACGGCAGCCUGCGUUUCUCCACUCCACCAGGCGAUAUGCUGGAUGGCGGUCUCUCAGGGCGCAGCGGGACGGCGAGCGGAGGCAGUACGCCCCACAUCAGCGGACCUGGCCCCGGUCGACCCAGUUCAAAGGAAGGGCGGCGGAGCGACACGUGCGAGUACUGUGGCAAGGUGUUUAAGAAUUGCAGCAACUUGACGGUGCAUCGCCGGAGUCACACGGGAGAGCGGCCUUACAAAUGUGAGCUCUGCAACUAUGCAUGCGCCCAGAGCAGUAAGCUGACACGUCAUAUGAAAACACAUGGCCAGCUAGGGAAGGAGGUCUACCGCUGCGACAUUUGCCAGAUGCCCUUCAGUGUUUACAGCACCCUGGAGAAACACAUGAAAAAGUGGCACGGCGAACAUUUGCUGACAAAUGAUGUCAAAAUUGAGCAGGCAGAAAGAAGCUAAGGCCCCCACCGGGUUAAAAUCAGGGGUCUAGGUAACAUUUAAAUUGUACAGUUUAACUAUUGCCAACUGAGAAAAGCUGACCUAACUUGCCUCCAUAAACGUAACUUAGCAUAACUAUGGCAGGUGCCAGAAUUUGGCACUUAAAUAUAACCUGUGUCUACAAAGUUCUAGUAAACCUGAGGAUUGGUUAAGGCAGUAAAAAUUGUGAAGCCUUUUAACUGUGCAAUAAUUUCUGUAUUUAUUGGGUUAUUUUGUAAUUUUUUUUUUUUUGGCAUGUGCAGGUAUUUUUAAAGACUUUUUUUUUGGUUUUAGAUUUCCUUUUACAUUUUUUGUUGGGUAUCCCAUUCUAAUUUUCCCCAGUAGUAACCUGAGAUUAUUUGCAUUACAGGGGGAGAUGCAUAUCAAUUUAAAUUAUAAUUUUAGAAGGCCGCUGCUUUGGUGAAUCUUACGCUGAGCACCUGUAAUUUCUUGUGAAGAAGCCAACAUUUUAAGUAAUAAUUUUGUUUUCUUUUUUUGCCACCCCAAUGCAGUUCCUUUAAAAAAAAAUGAAAUAAAUCAUUUGGACGUUAGAGAAGAUGAAAUAAUAUGGCGAAUAACAAUCUUAAACAUUGUAGCACUUUUUUUGGAUUUGGAUCUAAUAUGUAGCACUGAGGCUGCCAUUAAAAACAGAGGCCUUUAAAAUGAUUUUUUAACGAACUUUCAAAGUAGAUACUACAAGAGCUAAAACAACAUGGGCACAGGUAUUUUCUGAUGGUAGCUACAUUCAUGAAAGCAAUAGCAAGAAUUGUGCAUUAUUAGUAAAGGAAUUUGCUCUAGUUGCUAGUAGCAUAUUCUCACCUUUCUGCCAUUUUUCUUUUUAAAAAAAUCCUUAGGACAAUUUGAGAGCCCUGACAGCUGCAUGCCCAGAUUUUUGAAAACAUCAGACGAAAGGAAGCUUUGCUUGAUGAUUUUCACACACACAAAACUGCAGUUAUCAGUUAAUUAUCUGGAUAUAUGAAAUGGUUAUAACUGACUAUCUAGAGCAACAGCUGCAAUGCCCUUAGUAGAGUAACUGAUAUUAUACAUUGGCAUUAGUUCAUCUGUAAAACACAGACAUACAUAAACAUGUUUUGUUGUUCUAUGGACCUAAUAGGGCUAAAGGAUUGUUUUGAUAGAUUACUUAUCCAAAGUUCCUCACCCUAUGUCAUAUCAGCCAUUAAGAGCAACUUUAAGAUAUGUUAUUUCUAUCACAAGUUGACACUCUGAUCACAUAUUAAACUGGGCAAAAUGUAUCUAAAGACUUCCUGUGCCAGAUCAGUCAGGUGAAUUAUAGGAAGAUUGGAAGUAGCAACAUGGAGGAACUUGACUUCAUCUGCACCACUACAUCACUUCCGGGGAAACCCCAGAAAUGCUAUAGGGUGGCUCUAGUAAUUGUUAGAAUGUCUAUGGUAAAACUAUUGGGGGGGUGGGAUGUAAUGGCGCAGAUGACACUUUAAAACAAAUUCUCCCACUGCCACUUGGAAGUUGCUCAAAAUUCUAAGGUCAUGGACCGUUUCAUGUGUUCUUGGUGGAUUCAAACUGGUUAGCUAGCAUGAUAAUUCAUUAAUUUUUUAAUCAACCUGAGCCAUUAAGGGAACCCCACAGAAGUUUCUGUGUUGCAGCAAAAACAGGCAAAUAACUUAUGAUACCAUAAAAAUCUUGUUGGCAUUUAAGGUAUCACAAGCUUCUUUGGCUGUGUUUGUAUCGGCACGCUGUUACUGUGAUUCGGCUCCAUAGACUGUGGUUGGAAGGUACCAAAAUGCCAUCAAGGCCAGUUCCCCAUCACAAUGCCAGGCUAUCCCAGUAGACUCACCAAAUCCACAUGGUGGUACAUCACAAGCAGAGGGUAAAUAACAGUACAAUCCUAAGGAGGGUUACUCCAGUUUAAACCCAUUAAUUUCAAUGAGCUUAGACUGGAAUGGUUCUGCAUGUGAUUGUGUUGAUCGAACAGAUUGAUUUCAAUUACUCAGUCAGGUGAGCCAAACUUUAGAUUUCCUCAGGCUUACUAUAGUCUUCCCUACUCUAAAUAUCAUUACUGUGUAGGAUACUUUCAAAUGCAGUCCUAAGAGAAAUCUUAACCUUUAUUGUCCCAGUGCCGAUUAGCCAGCCACAGGCAUCAUUCUGUGACCCAUUGGUAGUUUUUUAUUCACUGAGAUCUUACGUUGGUCAGUCAUUGACAAGUAUUGAUCAUGAUACUUUAUUUGGGCUGCUACAUGAGUGUUGUGAGAAAUCUGAGUAGACCCCAAUCCAUGGCUGGUGAUCUGCCUUGAGCUGGUUGGUCACAGAGGGCUCUGGCGGCCAGGAAUGGCACCACUGCUGUGCCAUCACACUGCUUCCAGAGGGCUUCCAGGUGGUGCAGGAAGGCAGCAAACUCUGGAAAAUCCCCAGCCACCUGAAAGCCCUCUGUAGGGCAAAAUGGACAUACACCGGGGAUGUUCCUGGCUCAAAAGCCCAGUGGAAGCGGACUCAAGUUAUCUCCACCUCCAGGAAUGCCUCUAGCCUUUAGGCUGGUGUGGUUCUGCGGGGCGCAGGCUCUUCCAGGUCAGGUGCUGCAGAGCUCCACAGGAACUGCCUGCCUCCCUGUUUGCCUUUCCCACUGGCAUAAGUGCCACUUAUUCCAGUGAGCUGGGCACAUGUGCCAGUGCGGCCCUGCACCAGGUACAAGAGCCGACCCCCCCACCCCCCGAUUGAGCUGUUAAACUGGUAAAGUUCACUAUUGGACAACAGUCAUGGGAAUUAUUUUAAGGAAUAUUAGCUCUACACUUGAGGAAUGUGAAUGGGAGAAAACAUGUUCUCCUGUGUGAUUGCGUACUAGGUCAUAUAGGUAUACAAUAAACCAAGGUUUCUGAAACAAAUUCCAGUUCUUCUGGCAGACACAAGUGCAAAUCCUGGUUUGUAUCUAAACCCAGGUUGUCUAUUGUCUUGCCUCCUGAGAAGAAAAGUAUCUUACUCCCACUGCCAGCUCUGCAGCCUUGAGGGGCACUGCUCAGUAAGCUGUUAGUGAAUUCAGACAUCACAGCAAACCACAGUUAAUACAAAUUGUAGUUAGCAAAGCAACUAUAGUCCCUAGAUUAACAUUCCGAUUUGGUAUCAACCAGCAAAUCCUGGUGUGUUGGACUGUCUGCAUCCAAGCAUUAUUUCUAACUGGCAUUUGAUCAAACAGUGGUUAAGACUGAUGUCUGAAUGCAGCCAAUAUAUAGCUUCCUUACUUAAGAACAUUGUGGACCUGACCUUAGUCUAAGACUUCCAUACAUGCCAGUUAUUUCAAAAAAACAGUUGCAUUCAGAACUGUUAUACAUAAGCAGUGGGCUAAACAAGAUGUUUUUAGACAUUUUGCCAGUGAAAUGAAAACUGUCUCAUAUAAUGCACAACUUAUUCCUGCUUUUGAAAUUCCUGAAUUUCAGUCCAAUAACAAAAUUUCAAAACUGAUUUUCCCGGGCUGAGAACUUCCCUUUUUUUUCCCCUUUGUGAAAACUUCCUAAAGAUUUAAACUGAAAAAAAUGAUUUCAUUAACUGAAAACUAAGAGAUUUGAAAUUUUGAGUUUCUUCUGGUUCAUGAAUUUUUCUUGAAAUUACAUUUUCAGUUUUAUAAACUUUAUUCUGAAUUCUAAUUAAACACCAAUCAGUGUUGGUUAGGGUUGCUGGAUAUCCCUUGCUCACAUUAAGUUGAAUCUUUUUAAAAUUUUAUAAAAGAUUUAGAGUGCCCUUAUUUCUUCCAUUAAAAAUUGUUACCUGGCAGUCCUCUGCAUUCUGAACCUUUUCACGACAAAUGGUAGUUUAAUCGUAAUAAUUUGCUGUUGUUAUUAUGUAAUCAUAUUCUUCGAAGUGGCCAUCCCUAAGAAAGCAUGGACCACUGUUCGGAAAGUCACAAAAUACCUUUCUAGUGUCACAUUCCUACUCACUUAGACCUUCUGCUUUCAUAAUGACCUCUGUUCCCACUGUUUCUAGAAAGUUAUAGCGAGGGCCAGUUUGGGGCUCGGGGUGGGGUGGGGGGUUAAACAGUUCAAUUUGUGGAUUUCAUUGGGAACUCUUAUUUCCCUUCCCUUAGUCACUCUCUGGGCACAAAGUCUCUCUGAACCUUCUUCCACUUCUGACUAUAUUGAUCAGGUGGGUUUUCUGAAUUGCAUAAAUCUCUUGCAAUGUGUCUGACAAUGCUGUAGACCAGUGGAACUGUUGCUCUUUGAGUAUCUCUUUCCUUGCACUUAAGCAUAUUGUGAGCCUAUAUGACACCGAUCCUUCUUUUUUAAAAAAAAUCUGCCAGAACAGAGUAGUUGCUCCCCACUCCCAGCUAAAUUGCCCAUCUGUCCUUGCAACUUGGUCGAUUGUGGGGAAGCCGAAAUGUAUGUAUUUUUCACGACUUCUAAGUCAAUCUUUUUAGGCCAUGGUUUGAGAGCUCCCCGUUUAUCAUCAGGACAAUUUAAGAAUUAUACAUUUUGGUUCUGUUGACCCGCACUUUAAAAUUUUGUUUUUAAAAUUUGCAUUUAAGACCAGCGGCUUCUGAACAAGAAAUUAUAGCGUUUUUGUCUUUGCUUGGCCCAGAGGUGGGUGAAAUUGUUAAAGAGGACAUCUGAGAUUAAGUGUCAGUAUUGCUAAGCGUGGCAUUCACAAUACUGGCACUAUAAAGAAAAGAAAUAAUUUAUUGGACAGUUUUUCCUACUGCCAUUCAAUUUGAUGUGAGUGCCUUGAAAACUGAUCUUCCUAUUUGAGUCUCUUGAGACAAAUGCAAACAUUUUUGUGAAAUGAAAAGACUUUUAACAGGAAAAGGUAGAACAAAGAAAGUAUGUUCUGUAGGGUAAAAACAAACAAAAGAGCCACAUUUACUUUAAAAAAAAAUAUCCUGGUUGAAGAUAGUGGACAUGAAAAUGACAUAAGACCCCAAUCAAAUGAAGAUGUAUAUCCAGCACAACUUUGGACGUCCAUUUGCUGAAUUGUUUUCAGCUUCUGUUUUUCUUUUCAGGACAACGCUGCUUAGGAAAUGGAAUGGAAAUGAUUUACUGCUGAAUUAAAACUCAAAUGACACACAAUUGCAAGUGGUUAUCAUUGAAUGAAAAAAAAAAUUCAGGAACAACUGUUAAUUUUUUUAAAAGUUAAAUUUAGUGCACUCUGUCUUAAAAUACGUUUACAGUAUUGAAUACAUACAAGGGUAAAACAUUGUGUGUAUCGUGUGUUUGAGCAAUCUCUUUUUUCUUUUGUCCUCAAAGUUUGCUUAAUAGGUUAUUAAAAAUGCCAUAAUGGCCAUGUGUAUAUUGUUUUCUUUUGGUGACGGGGUUUUAGUAUAUAUUAUAUAUAUUAAAAUUUCUUGAUUACUGUAAAAGUGGACCAGUAUUUGUAAUAAUGGAGAAUGCCUGGGCAUUUUACAAAACCAGAAAGAAAAAAAAAACCUUUUUCUCUUUUUUCCUUGAAAAUGUUGCAGUAAAAUUUAAAUGGUGGGUCUAUAAAUUUGUUCUUGUCACUGUAACUGUAAAGUCUGAGUUUUAGUACAUUUUUUUUUCUGCCUUGGGUGUUGAAUUUUUAUUUCAAGAAAAAUGUAUAGAAACUUGUAUUCGGGGAUUAAAAGGUGACUGCUACACCAUGUAGAAAAAGUAUGUAGAAAAAAGUGCUUAAUAUUGUUAUUGCUUUGCAGAAUUAAAAGAAAAUCACAUUUCUGACCUGUACCUAUUUUUAUCUCUCUCUCUCCCCCCUCCCAUCCUCCCUCUUCUGGAAUGGAUAUUGAUAUUGGUUGAUUCAUAUAAUGUAGGCACUUGCUGUAUUUUUACUGGAACUUGUAAUUUUUUAACUGUACGCUUGUCCUUUUAAAGGGAUUUAAUGUACUUUUUUUGUUAGUGAAUUUGGAAAUAAAAAUAAAAACAAACAAACAGGCUGCCAUAAUAUAUUUUUUUAAUUUGGCAGGAUAAAAUAGUGCAAAAAAUAAUUUGUAUGUCAAGACCUUAUUGUACAGAAGGAGAAGAAAAAAAAAUAAAAGGGUUGUUUGACGACCUUUGAGUAAAAGAAACAAAACAAUAAUUGAUUUUUAAUUAUUUAAUUUGUUGGGGGGGGGGUUGUUGUUAUUGUCAGGUUUUGUUUUUGUUUUGAGGUUUUUGUUCACCGUUUUUAGUUGUGUGUAUGUAUAUUUUCUGUCAGAAAUGGCCUACAAAAAAAAGUGCUGUUCCUACAGGGCAGUAAUUACCUUAGAAGCUUCCUGGACCCCUUGUAUCAAGGCCUUCCCAGGUAUAGUUGAACUAGGAUGGCUGGCUGUUGCCUGUUAUUGUUAAAUGAAAUUAAAUUUUUUGUGAAGACAUUUGACAUUCCACAAAUGCCCCUUUAUAGAGACAGGGAGGCAGUUUUUCUCUGUAAAGCUUCCUAGCUCCAGCAAACUGUGUACCUGUGCCCAAAAUUCACAGUGCUGCUGGUCUUGUCAAACCUCUGGUCCCCUGCUGAGGGGUGGAAGGUUGUGUAUUCAGUCUUUCCACCGUCACCAAACGGGUGGCUCACACUCAUCCUUUAGUCUGCCAACUACCUGUCGGGGUACCCAGUCCUGCAAGGUUUUGUACUCCAUUUCACACUCCUUUGCUUGAGCAGAGUUCCAAUUGGAGGCCUUGCUGGAUCAGGGCAUCACCCCAUUCCCCUCCUCCCCUCCCCUUGGGUUGGGGAGGGGAGGGAGAAAGCGAAGUGUACUGUUGGUAUGAUGGUAAAUUGAAUCGAAGAAAAAAAUUGGUCCAGGCACAUCCCAUAAUUCUUUUCCCUCGUCAGAAUGGGGCCAUGUACAGGUUUUGCCAGUCUGUGUUCCUCUGUCUGCUUUGCUGCUGUUGACUCCUAAUUGUACAUUCCAUAAAUUCCUGGAUAUUUGAAGGACUGGGAUGAAAUUCUGUGCCUUUUAGCUGGUUACCCCUUCUACUUUCCCCCUCUGUUUGUUUGUUUGUUUGUUUGUUUUGGGUGGGGGCGGGAGGGGGUAAAGGCACGAGAAAAAUCACAGGAUUGGUGAUGAAGCGCUGUUGAUUGUUUUAAAGGAGGGGGGAAUGUUGAGGAAGGAUCCACACUGUGUGAACAAACAGCAGUUUGUACCAAAUGCCUGGAGGGUGUGUGUUGCCGGACUUGGAAUAAUUAUUUCCUCUCUUGGCCUUCUUCCAGCUCUUCAAAAUUUAGGGUACGUUAGCAGACCUAAGAUAGCAAGCUCAGCUUCUUAUGGACGUAUUCCACAAUAUCACAGACAUUCUGCUUUCACUUGUCUUGGCAUGAAUCCAGAGAAUUCAGUGUGGUUACACAGGAGUAAAUUCAUGUCUAGAAUUGUGAACCUCCUUGGAUGUCCGUUUUAGCCAAACCUAUUCAGCCAUACAAUGAAUUCACAUUUUAUAUCGAUGUGAAUUGGCUUACGAGCGCCGCACAGCGGUUUUUGUGCUCAACAAACUUAAGGUUUGAACCACCAAUUUAAUUGCUGAGAAACCAACAUAAGCCACUCUGAAGCACAAACACUGUGUUUAGUGAAACCGCCAUGACCCUCCCUUCCUUCUUGCUUUUUAGGAAUCCUUCUUGGCAAGGCCAUAAGCACAAUAUGGCGGAUGUACCAUAGUUAUCUCUGCUGUCAUGAUGAUUGUUACAGUGCUGGGAUCAGCAAAAUUAAUGGCGUUAAGUCCGAAUUAUUCCAGAGAGCCUUGUCCUGUUCUAGUUAAAAUCAGCAUUUGGAACAUUACUGGAGCGAUAGUCUAUUCUUUUUUCUUUUUUAGAAUGUAACAUUUUUUUAAAAAAAACCUAGUUGCACACGUCAGCAUUUCAUCCUAGUCCUGACUCAAUACAGUCCAAGGUUCUGUUUUUCACAGGCAAACUCAUUUUAUGGUGCUCUUUGUAUUUUAGAACUGCAAAGCAAAAGUAACAUUGAUUUUGGUUGUUUGCAUUUGUACUGGCAAGGCAAACUAUUUUUAUUACCUUUUUCUAUUACUUAUUGUAUGAGCUUUCGUUGUUUACUUGGAGGUUUUGUCUUUUACUACAAGUUUGGAACUAUUUAUUAUUGCUUGGUAUUUGUGCUCCGCUAAACAGAAAAAAAAGGAAAAAGGAGCACAUUUUUUAUUAUUAUUAUGGAUAAAAUGUUGAGAUGGCAGGAGGUCAUUUCAAUAUCACGUAGUAAAAUAUUUAUUGUUCCUUUUAAUUCUCUGUACAAGACUUUUGGCCUCUUUUUCCCCCCCUUACUGUCACAUUGUUGAGUUCAGCAUGUGUCUACCAUUUCAUUUGUACACUCGUUCAAAACAACGUUUGUUCCAGUUUCAAGUUAUAUUAAAAGAAAUAAUAAAUUGGACAUUUGACUUGAUCUCCAAA